AUGCGUCGCUUGCUAGACGCAGUUCGAGGUGGGAAGAAGCGGCGCAGCGACCAGGAAAUCGACUAUUCGGAGCUGCCACCACCACCUCUUCCUCUUCUUCCUGCUCAGCGGCCCCGGCCCAUCACGCCUCCUGCGACCGCUACCGCCGCUACUGCAGAUACCGUCGUCGCCGCGCUCGGCACUUUCGCCCUCCUGUCGCCGGAGCUACGCCGGCGCGUGCUCGUGGCCGCCUUUGGCGAGCAUACACUACACCUAGACUUGCGGCCGGCCCCGCGCGGGCAACAGCCGAGCCCCCCGACGGCCCCCGGAGCCGCGCACGAGCACGGCCGCGGGGCCGCGCCCCUCAGCUGGUCCCGCAUUGUCGUGCCCCCAGCCGUCGCGGGCGAGACGCCGGCAACGACCGCCUCGUCGUUGUCUGAGGGCUACAAAACCAGGAAGAAGACGGGGCCGGAGUGGGAGUGGGAGUGGCGCUGGUACGGCUGUGUGUGUCACCGUGUGAUCCCCCGCUGGUCGCCCGUGGACCGCCUCAUUAGAGCCUGCGGCCGCGAUCCAUACGUCUGGCCGCACCGUGACGGCUGCCUCGAGGGUGACGCCAUGUUGUGCGAGCUGUGGCCGCGAGGGCCCGCCGUAGACGGCAUGGCGUUCCCAGAAAGGGGCACCUGCGACUGCGCGGUCGGUGCCUUGGGCUGGCUGCGCGCAUGCCGGCAGGCCUACGUCGAGGGCGUCGAGGUGCUCUACGCGACCACCACGUUCUUCAUCCAAAGCCGGGACCUGCUGGAGGCGCUGCUCUGCCCCCCGAACGACGGCCGACGCCUGUUCCUCCCGCACCGCCUGGCCCAGAUACGGUCGCUUGAGCUGCGGUGCGAGUUCCUGCUCUUUGGGGACUUCACUCUGCCGUUCAUUGCGCGUGCCAGCGACAAGGAAAGAAUGCGGCUGCUCCCGGACCUAGCCGACCUGGCGGUCCCUUUCCCGAACCUGCGAUCUCUCGUCGUCACCUUUCCAAACAUUCUCGACAAUCAACGGCACGCGGAUCCGGACGCUCGCCUGCCCGAGAUCGACCGCUUGCUGCUACGGCCGCUUGCCCUCGCGUUUGCGCACCUCGCGCCGCAGCAAGAAAAGCACAUUGUGGUGGAGCUGCCGUCGAACGUGUUUCGCGACAUCAGAGGCAUCGGCCACAGAAAAGGCCUCGGCCUCGAACAGGAGCAGCGAGGAGACGAGUGGGGCGAUGGUAGGGGCCUUUGGCUAAGGUAUGCCAUCGAUGGCUCGCUUUACUACUAUAUCAAGGAAGGACAGGAGAGUGAAAUCUAUCGGCCGUGA